CUAGGGCGUGGUGGCCUGGAUGCCCCGCCGGUCGCAGUAGGCGCGGGCCGACCGGAUGCCCUCGUUGACGCCGUCCCUGGCGAAGAAGUGGGCCAGUUUCGACUCGGCCGCCGGGUCUCGGCCUUGGCCGUGCCCUCCAGGCACCACAAGAAGAAGAGCAAAGAGAAGCGACAGAAGAGACGGAGGGGAUAGCUUAGUUCGUUGCAUCGUGCCACCCCGUACGGCGUGUGUCUGCGUCUGUGUACGCUGGAGUCGACAGCCGAACGAAACAAGGAGGAACAGAAGGGGGCUGAG